AUGGCCAACGCUCCCGACUUUGACGUCGUGAUUAUCGGCGCAGGCAUUUCGGGGAUCAACACCGCGUACCGCAUACAGUCUGCGUUCCCCAACUACAAGUAUUGCAUCCUCGAGGCCAGGGAUAACAUUGGCGGCACCUGGGAUCUGUUCAAGUAUCCCGGGAUCCGCUCCGACUCGGAUCUCUUCACCUUCGGCUUCCAGUGGUAUCCGUGGCGCAAGAACAACCCCAUCGCGACGGGCGACUCCAUCGUUCAGUACCUGAAGGAGGCUUCGUCCAAGCAUGGCAUCGACAAGAACAUCCGCUUCCAGCAUCGCCUCAAGCACGCGUCCUGGUCCUCUGCGCACCAGGAAUGGGCCCUGUCGCUAGAGGCACGCGGAGAGCCGACCUCCAUCUCCGCCCGAUACAUCGUCUUCGGCACAGGGUAUUACGACUAUAGCACCCCUUUGCAGGCGCAUAUUCCCGGCAUCGACAAUUUCGGCGGACAGGUCGUUCACCCUCAAUUCUGGCCGGAGGACCUCGACUACACCGACAAAAAGGUUGUCGUCAUUGGCUCUGGCGCCACGGCGGUCACCCUCGUCCCCAAGAUCGCCGAGAAGGCCAAGAUGGUGACGAUGCUUCAGCGAAGCCCAAGUUACAUUACCCAGCUCCCCAACUCGGGCUCCAAGUCCCUGAUCGACUACAUCCUGCCGCGAGCCCUUGCCCUGCAAAUGAAGCGUCUUCAAUGGAUCCUCAUCGCCCGCAUGACGUUUACCUUGUGUGUUACGUUCCCCCGGCUUGCUCGAUGGGCGCUCGGCCGCCGCACGAAGCGGUUGUUGCCCAAGAGCAUGGCUUUCGACCCUCAUUUCAACCCAACAUAUGACCCUUGGCAGCAGCGCCUGUGCCUCUGCCCCGAUGGCGACUUCUACAAGGCACUGCAUACAGGACACGCCGACAUCGCUACUGGGGUGAUCAAAACGGUGACGUCGACCGGUAUCGAGCUUCAAUCCGGCGACGUUUUGGACGCCGACAUUAUCGUCACUGCCACUGGUCUGAAGCUCCAGGUAGGCGGAGGAGCGACCAUACAUGUUGACGGAAAGGCCAUGGCCUUACCGGAGAAGUUCAUUUGGCGAGGACAGAUGAUCCAAGAUCUGCCCAACGCCACGUUUGUCAUUGGAUAUACCAACGCGUCGUGGACCUUGGGAGCCGAAUCGACUGCCUCACUUCUCGUGAGGGUGCUCGGCAAGAUGGACCGCGGAGGGUACUCCAGCGUCGUGCCGAGGGCGGACAACGCAGACGACCUGAAGGAAACGCCGCUCCUGGACUUGAACUCGACGUACCUCAAGAACGCGAAGAGCAUUAUGCCGAAGGCCGCGACGACAGGGCCCUUUGCGCCCAGGAGUAGCUACUUGGAGGACCACUUCCGCGCGAAGCACGGGGCGAUUAAGGGGUUAGAAUGGGUCCGGGAGCCUCUCACAAAGUGA